GCAUCGUGUACAUCUUCCACAUAUGAGGAGAGCGGAAUACAGGACUGCAGGACGCACAAGGGUGUGCGUAAGCACAGGGGCAGAGAGCACGGGAUACCAGCACGUAGGAGAAGACACGUCACGGGAGUCAAGGGAGCACUCUGGAGACUUAUUGUGUGGUGUACAUUAACCUCACUGUAAAUAAAUGCACUGCUCAUUCCACUAAGUCCAGCGUUUGGGUCCUAUCUCCUACAUUCCCCACGGUCUGCCUGCCAGACCGUGACAGAACAAUCCUGCCAGAUGGACCCAGCGGACUUUUCGGAGAGGUUCAAGAGGGAGGUGACAGACAAAGUAAAUCAUCUGUGUGACCUGUGGCUGGCAGUGCACGCGGAGGGUCUACGUUGCGCCGUGGAGAAGCGGUUGCAGGAAACACUGACUUGUUUUCCCUGGGUGUUGGACAAUCUUUUUCCGACUGUGGCGGAUUUCCUGCUCAACACCCUUCACCUCCACUUUCCGGUCCAGGCUGCCCCCCCACUCGGCCAGUCUGAGGUUCAUCAGCUUGACACGCCAGCCCCGACGUCUACCCAGAAACGACGUUCGCGCCGCCGGCGUUCCUCUCCGCAGCCGACUUCCCGGACAUCUCUAGAGCCGGCUGUGGUGAGUAAUAAGGACACUUUAUCAUUUCCCUCACCAUCUGUUUUUGUGUCUGCAGUGGACGAUCAUGUUGCUGUAAGCCAGAGUACAGCGCAGCUAACAUCACCUCGGGCUGAGGUCUCCAUACCACUUGUGGCUUCACCAUCUGCCGUGGCUGUUCCACCUUUCUCUCAUCUGCUUGCAACCACCUUUCUGCCAUCUUCCUCACCACCUGCUGCGACACUGACCGGACCUGCUCAGCCCGAGCCGGAGGAGCUCGCGUUGCCCGAGCAGGAGCUCAGCGCACUGGAGGAGCUCGUGCUGCCCGAGCCAGCGCCGCUAGCUGAGGAGCGGGGCGAGCGGGAGGAGCUCAGCGAGCCGGAGGAGCUCGCGCCGCCAGCUGGGGAGCCAGCGCCGCAGCAGCUAAGCGAGCCACCUUAUACUCCACCCGCGGCUACCGCAUUACCAUCUUCGCCUCCGGAUCAACCAUCUGUAGCCACACCGCAGCCGGGGAGCAGCUCGGCGUGCCGGAGGAGCUCGCGUCACCAGCUGAGGAGCCCGUGCCGCUGCUGGAGGAGCUCAGCGAGCAGGAGCCGGGGCUGGAGCCCUGCGAGCCGGACUGCGGAGCUCGGAGAGCAGGAGCUCGGAGAGCGGGAGGAGCCCGCACCGCCAGCUGGGGAGCUCGGAGAGCAGGAGCUCGGAGAGCGGGAGGAGCCCGCACCGCCUGCUGCGGAGCUCGGAGAGCAGGAGCUCGGAGAGCGGGAGGAGCCCGCACCGCCAGCUGCGGAGCUCAGCGAGCCGGAGCAGGAGCAGCUCAGCGAGCCACCAGCUGAGGAGCCAGCGCUGCUGCUGGAGGAGCUCAACGAGCCGGAGGGACCGGUGUUGCUAGCAGAGGAGCCCGUGAUGCCAGCGCGCGCCCUCCACGCCAUCCACGUCCAGCGCGCCCUCCACGCCAUCCACGUCCAGCGCGCCCUCCACGCCAUCCACGUCCAGCGCGUCCACGUCGGCGACCAGCGCUUCACAGGGCAUGUGACACUCCUCGCUGUUGCUCAUCGGAGCAAGGACGCCACCGCCACUGGACCCGGGGCAAGCCGCCGGAGGAGCAGCAGCGCCGCCGCCGCCGUCAUUGGACCCGGGGCAAGCCGCCGGAGGAGCAGCAGCGCCGCCGCCACUGGACCCGGGACAAACCGCCGGAGGAGCAGCAGCGCCGCCGCCGCCGCCACUGGACCCGGGCAAGCCGCCGGAGGAGCAGCAGCGCCGCCGCCGCCGCCACUGGACCCAGGGCAAGCCGCCGGAGGAGCAGCAGCGCCGCCGCCGCCGCCACUGGACCCAGGGCAAGCCGCCGGAACCGUUUCGCCGCUGCUACCGGACCUGUGGCAGGCCACCGGAGCUGCAGCUCUGCCGCCACUGGAUCAGUGGCAGGCCCCCAGAACCUUUUUGCUGCUGCUGCCGGACCCAUGGCCGUCCGCCGGAGCUGCAACGUGGCCGUCAUUGCACUAG